CGCUUCCGGGGCAGCGGCGCUUCCGGGGCAGCGGCACCGCGGAAGCGGCGGCGGCGGCGCGGCCCGGCCCGGCCGUGAGCGGUACCGUUAGGCUAUGAGAGCUUUAAUGGAACUAGAAGUGCAGUAACACAGUGAAUGAGGCACAGCAUUAAAUCUCGUUAUCGGGAAGCUUUGAGCAGAGUGUCAGCGUAUCAAACGUAUUGGAGACAGUGGCUUUUCAAAGCACCUGAGUGUCUCAGUGCUAGAGAGCAGGAAAAUGUUUGCAAAAUUGAAGAAGAAGAUAGCAGAAGAGGCAGCUAUUGCUCCCCGACCAGGAGGAGCUGCCAGGAUACCCAGGUCUGUCAGUAAAGAGUCAAUUGCAUCCGUGGGAGCAGACUCCGGAGAUGACUUUGCUUCUGAUGGAAGCAGCUCUAGAGAGGAUCUUUCAUCCCAGUUAUUCAGAAGAAAUGAACAAAUCAGAAAACUGGAGGUCAAGCUGUCUGAUUAUGCUGAUCAGAUCCGAAACUUGCAGAAGAUGAAAGAGAAGCUGGAGAACGCUUUAGAGAAGCACCAGGAUUCCUCCAUGAGGAAGUUUCAGGAGCAGAAUGAAGCUCACCAGGCCAGUCGAGCCAAGAUGGCUGAAGGGAUGGCUUUGGCCUUAGAAAAAAAAGACCAGGAGUGGAUGGAGAAACUGGGUCAAGUUGAAAAGGAAAGAAAAGUGCUUGAAAAACAGUUAGAAGAAAUGAGAGAGCAGAGUUUGAACCUUUUUCAAAAGAGAGAUGAAAUGGAUGAACUGGAGGGCUUUCAACAGCAGGAAAUUGCCAAAGUUAAACACAUGCUUUUGAAAAAGGAGGAAGCUCUGAGCAAAGCGAAGCAGGAGUUAGAGGCGUGCACUGGAGAGCUCACCCACACGAAGGCGGUGCUGCAGGAGGCAGAUGCCAAGACAGAAGGCCUGAGCAAGGAGCUGCAGGGGCUGUGCCAGCGGCUCUCAGAGCUGGAGGCACAGAGAGAUGAACUAAUGACAGCUGAGACAAAUGCAGAAAAUAAGAUCACUGCUCUGGAGUUAAGAGAACAGGAGCUACAAACUGUCAUUCAGAAGCUUUCUGUAGACUUGCAAAAUGCUCGAGUUGCUGGUUCUGGUUGUGAGAAGAGACUGGAAACGUUGCAGGUGGAACAUGAAUCUCUGAAGGUGGAAUAUGAACAACACAAGCAAAAGGUGACUUCUGAAUUUGCUGAGAAAAAUAAACUUACUGAGCAGCUGCAGGAAAAGGUGUCGUCCUUGGAAAAGAAGCUAGAAAGGAAUCUUUCAGGGGAUGAACAUGUGCAGGAACUACUCAAAGAGAAAGCUACACUUGAGCAGAAGCUGGAUGAAACCAGGCAGCAGGUGCUGACAGAACGAGUGCAUCACCUGGAGGCUUUGAACCGCUUGGAAACACAGAAUAAAGAGCUGGAGCACAAACUGCAGACUGCAACAGAAGCAUUUAGGAAGAGUGAAGAAGCAGGUGCUGAGCAGGAUCUGAAGAUACAGAAGUUGCAAACUGACCUGGAGGAUGAAAGAAGUAAACUACAGCAACAGAUUUUAAGUGAGAAACACCAGUAUGACCAGAAAGUUACUGAGAUGGAGUCUCAAAUUGCUGCUCUUGAAACAGCUUGGGAAUUUGAUAAAGCAGCUGCUCAGCACAAGAUUAGCCAGUUGGAAAAGGAAAAUGAAAGUCUUAAUGGAAGCAGGGAAGAGUAUGAGAGUUCUUUAAAAACCCAAGAGUCUGAAUUGAACAGGCUGAAGAGUGAGUUGAGCAGCAGAGAGACUGUCAGCGUUGAAAUUGCCAAAGCGUUGGAAGAAACACGAAACCAGAGGGAGGAAUUACAGCAGCAGGUUUCACAUCUGGCUUCCUUAAUAAAGGAAAAAGACCAGCUGAUUGAUGAGAAAGGUGAUAUGCUUCUGAAACAGAGAGAAGAAUUAAACCAACUCAGUCAAGAUCAUGAGGCUGUCCUGCUGCAGAUGCAGCAGUUGCAGUCUGACAUAGAAGCGAGUAACAGCCGAGCAGUGGAGAAAGAGGAAACGGCGAGAAAGGAGAUUGACGGACUGAAGCUGCAGAUACAGGAGUGCCUGUUGGCCAGAGAACAUGAGAAAAAUGUUUCAGAGGCAGAGGAGUCCAUGGGGGCCUUGAGCAACAACCAUUUCCAUUCUCCAGAAAACCGUGUGGUGGAACAGAAUGGAGAGGUGGCAGCUGCAGAUGUCAUUCAACUCCAGAAGGAUAACAAAGAACUGGAACAGCAAAUUGCUGAGAAAAACAAGAUGAUAAAGCAGCUACAGCAAAGAAUGACAGAACUUAAGAAGACCCUCCAGAAAGAGCUGAAGAUAAGGCCUGACAGUGAGGUGUCUGAAGUACGAGAAAAAGCAAAUUCUGAAGUGCCUAAUGCUUCUGUGACUGUCACAAACAACUCUGAUUUAAAUGACUCAAGGGAGAUAAACUUUGAAUACCUUAAACAUGUUGUACUGAAAUUCAUGUCCUGCCGAGAAUCUGAGGCAUUCCAUCUAAUUAAAGCUGUAUCUGUGUUACUGAAUUUUUCACAAGAGGAAGAAAACAUGCUUAAAGAAACCUUGGAGUACAAGAUGUCAUGGUUUGGGUCGAAACCAUCUCCCAAAGGCAGCAUCCGUCCGUCUAUCUCGAGCCCAAGGACAGUGUGGCCUUAAGGGCACCUGAGAACAGGCAGUCAGCAUCCAGCCACUUUUUUCUGUGAAAAGAAUGCUGAACACACUAAUUCAGGUGUGUCUUAAUCACUGUCAUUGCAGUAUUUUGUACAAGAACUUCUGACACUGUUUACAGAACUAAUGCUGUGCAAGGAAAAACGUCACUACAAACUGAAACACCACCUGGGUUGGAUUUGGGGACCGUGGUGUCCUGGUGGCAGUCAGCUCAUCCUGGGCACCAGAGGCUGCUGCCAGCCUCACCCACAGCUGCUGCCCUUCAGGCUGCCAGGAUGCUGCUUCCAGCUUCAGUGACCGAGUGCUGGAGUUGGGUGGCUGCAGGCACAGUAAAGCUUCCUUGUCUCGCUGUGGAAAGCAUCAAUGACAGAAGACGUUGGCAGUACCAUACUGAGUUUGUGAGGGUUUUCAAAGCCUUUCAAAGAACAGGAGCAGGAGCUUUAACCAAAAAAAGAAAUCUGCCUUGCCUUGUUAUACUGACCUAACUAAUAGUUUGCAGUUUUUCAUAUCACUGUGUAAUUUGAGGUGCAUAUAUCCUGGCCUGCAGUCUGAGGGCUGCAUGUUGAUGACUAUUUAAUUUGAGAGCACAACUUUAGAGUUGUCUGGUUUUACUUUUCUUAAAGAAAAAAAAUAUUCAGAAUGGUCUUAAUGAUAGUACCUAAUCCUGAGUCGCCUUUCACACUCACCUGUUAGCUGUACCAUAGGUUGUUAGCCUGGGGAAGGAGGGGUAGUAAACCAUUUAACGUUUUCUAAUCUGAUUUCCAGGUAUUGUAAAUGCACACCGACAGUACCUUUUAUUUCAGAAAGAAUUAAUCUAGUGAUAAGGGGUGAAGAAUGUUGGUACUGAACAUUUUGAUUUUAGUUUUUUUUCUCCUCCAAGUCUGCUAGCAACAACCCUUCAUCCCCAGCAGCCCCCCCUGGGGUUGUGCUUCUGUGCUUCAAAUACUGAUGCUCAUAAAACUGUUAUGAACACGUAGUGGGCUGUUAACUGUGCCCUGACUACGGGGCAGAAGGAACGCUGCUCACGAGGGUGUUGGUUUUGAGGGCAGAAUUCAGCUCUUAAUGAAUAAAUCUUGGUUCCAGCAGCUUGCUUUCCUUCCCCUCAUGAACAGGGGACCAAGGCAGCACUUACCUCCAUGGAAGCAGAGUUGUGGCUGUGGUUAAUAUCACCACUGUGAAAUCUAGAUGAAAAUGGGAAGCAGCUCUAAGUGUGACUCUUGAAAUAAGAUGUAUUUCCAGGAAACUCCAUGUGUGUGGAACUCCAUAGGCAGGCUGCAAUUCUGGUAGUUCUUACAGUGAGGUUUGUGUUACUAACAAUGCAUUUAUUGAAGAUAUUCCAGAACAUUCAGCCUGUCCUCUAGUGGAGACACAGUCACCGUGCAGCUCUCUGCUGUGCCAACGGGGCUCUGAGUGACCUUGGUGGUUGCAGUCAAAGGUGCUGUGUCAGAGCUGGAGCCUGUGAGCCCUGCACACUCCUCCUGUGAUGGAGAGGGCAGAACCUUUCCUUCCCCUGAGGCUGGUCACUGCAGCUCUGCACCCCAGCAGGCUGCCCCCAUUUCCAGCCACCUCCCUGCCCCAGGCACUUGCAGGGACUGUUGCCCUGGUACAGGUGACACUCCUCAGCUUGGAGCUGGGUUCUAUUUGUUUUAAGUCAGGCAAACCAACUGGGUAUUUUUUGGUACACUGAAGCUUGUCCAAACAGCUCUCAGUAAUCCCAGCCACCACACUGAAGGUCAGCGUGGGGCCAGCCCUGGACAGAGAACAGCUCUGCUCUAGUCUGAAAAUAGACAAUCAAAAAGAGGGUUUAUACCAAUUGUUCCUGUACUGAAGUGGGGGCAGGGUAAUGCUAGUGGCUCUGGGAAGAUUUUACUCUCUAAGGGUUUUCUGUAGAAUGCCCCUGUGGCCUGGCCUGUUCCUGUGGGACAGAACCCCUCUGCUCAGGCUGCUGCCUGCCUGGUGACUUAAUCGGUUUAUGUUGAUCCCAGCUUGAAAGGUUACAGCUGAACAGUGGGAAACACUGUGCAGGCCCCUGGCAUGGAGUGACAGCACCAUCUUAGCUUACGUGUUCACUAACAACUUGUUUCAGAUCCCAAAGCUCACACAUCAUCAACUUACCAUGAACUACUUCUGCAGUGUUGGAUUUUCUUUAGGUAUCAGAGCAAGAGUGUUGUGUGUACAUAGAAGCUGAUGCACUUUCCCUUGUAUAAAGCAGUGGUAUACAUAAUCCUUUCUAUGGCCUUUGGCCUCCUUUCCUUCUCUGCUGUACAUAUGGAUUGUAUUAUGAAACACUAUGAAAUUUGUGGUGCAAUACAUUUUGGAUCAAAACCCUAA